CUCUCUCUCUUACAGCUUCCGGGGUCCCUUCGUUCCCUCUCUCUCUCUCUCUCUCUCUCUCUCUCCUGCGAUUCGAUUGGCAAACAAAUCGACCUAACCUUCUCCGAAAUGAAUUCACUGAACUGUGAAAUCCACCUACCCGUAACCAAAACCCGCGGUCGCCAUAAAUAGGGUGCGAAAACAAACACCGAUAAAUGAGGUUAAUUAAAGCCAUCAAUAACCUCCGUCCUUUCUCUAGCUGUCGCCUCCUCUCUCCUCUACACCUCUCCACCUUCGCAUCCGUAUCCUCUUCUCUCUCUCUCUUCUGCCCUAUCUUCUUCUUCUCUCGUCGCUUUUCCUCUUUGGAUCAUAGAACAUUCAUGGAAGUGGUCAAAGCAGUCGCUAGACAGGGCUCUGCAUCUUUUGAAAAGGUUGCUAUAAGGGCUGAUCAGAAGAGCUAUACGUAUGCCCAACUGAUCUCAUCCACUUUGAAGAUAUCGAGGCUUUUAUGUAGCGCCAAUGUAAAAACUGUUGAUGGCACCAAAGAUAAAGACCGUCUUGGUGGAGCUCGAAUAGGAAUUGUGGCAAAACCUUCAGUUGAGUUUGUUGCUGGAAUGCUAGGAACUUGGUUUAGUGGAGGUGUGGCAGUUCCUCUUGCUCUCAGCUACCCAGAAGCUGAGCUCUUGCAUGUGAUGAAUGACUCGGAUGUCUCCAUGAUUUUAAGCACUGAAGAUCACUCCGAGCUUAUGAAAAAUGUUGCAGCUAAAAGUGCUGCUCAAUUUUCUCUUAUUCCUCCUGUACCUUGUAUAACUGAGCAUGAUAAUUCAGAAUCUGCAGAAAGUGAUGUGGGUAAUAGUUUGGAGGGGGUUGACAAUUCAUACAACAAACAAGGAGAGGACCCUGCACUAAUUAUAUACACUAGUGGUACUACGGGUAAACCUAAAGGAGUUGUUCACACCCACCAGGGCAUCUUGGCUCAGGUCCAAAUCUUGGCGGAUGCUUGGGAGUAUACAUCUGAUGAUCAAUUUCUGCACUGUCUCCCGUUACAUCAUGUUCAUGGGCUUUUCAAUGCUUUGCUUGCCCCUCUUUAUGCAGGUUCAGCGGUUGAUUUCAUUCCAAAAUUUAGUGUGAGAGGAAUUUGGCAGAGAUGGCGUGAAUCAUAUCCAAAAGAUGGGAAAAAGGCAGAAGAUGCCAUCACUGUGUUUACAGGAGUUCCAACGAUGUAUACUCGAUUGAUACAAGGUUAUGAAGCAAUGGAUCCAGAAUUGCAACAGGCUUCUGCUUCAGCUGCAAGCAAGUUGCGUCUUAUGAUGUGUGGCUCCUCUGCACUUCCUUAUCCUGUCAUGCAACAGUGGGAAACAAUUACUGGGCAUCGCCUUUUAGAACGAUAUGGUAUGACUGAGUUUGUGAUGGCUAUUUCUAAUCCCUUGAAUGGCAUAAGGAAAGGAGGCACUGUCGGAAAACCAUUGCUGGGUGUGCAGGCAAAAAUACUUCCAGAAGAUGAGAGUGGUGAUGAUACAACAGGUGUGGGUGAGCUAUGCAUUAAAAGCCCUUCAUUGUUCAAGGAAUAUUGGAAACUUCCAGAGGUAACAAAGGAGUCGUUCAUUGAUGGUGGAUUUUUCAAAACUGGAGACGCUGUUAAAGUGGAUGACGAUGGAUACUACGUCAUUUUGGGACGUACUAGUGCUGAUAUAAUGAAGGUUGGUGGAUAUAAAUUAUCAGCCUUGGAAAUUGAAUCAGUUCUUUUAGAGCAUCCAGCUGUAUCAGAGUGUUGUGUUUUGGGGUUACCGGACAAAACCUAUGGGGAGGCUGUUAGUGCAAUAAUUGUACCCGAGGCGGAGCUGAAGAAAAACCGAGCAGAAGAGUUGAAGCCUGCUAUCGGCUUGGAAGAACUUUGCACCUGGGCUAAAGAAAGACUUGCUCCAUAUAAGCUACCAACUCGAUUGUUCUUGUGGGAGACGCUUCCUCGCAAUGCUAUGGGAAAGGUGAAUUACUUCCUACCAAUUUUUGUCAUUGGCGCUUUAAUUUUCUCCACGAUUGAAAGGCGAUGUUAUGUGCCAAUGAUCUAUCACUGUUUUUUAUUUAUGUUUCCAGGUGAAUAAGAAAGAAUUGAAGAAAAACCUAGCUGCUGAAGGAUAAUCAAAUUACUUGGUUGCAAUUAGAUACCGGAGAAUGCAACAGUGGUUUUCUUGGUUUUGCUAGUUUUCCUUCGUUUUCAGCCUGUUAUAGGCAGGGGUGCUGAGAAGCAGUAGAAGAAUAGACGUAUAAAUGUACGCGAGUGUGUGUUCGCGCGCGCGUGUGAAAAUUUAGUAAAUUAAUCAACAGUUUAAUAAUUUUGAAGAUGUUUAGGAGGGAGUAGCUGCUCUCCUUUUCUUUCCAAGAUGUAUACAAAAUGGAGCAUUUAUUUCUGUAGAUGAGCACAUAAGUUUAUCCAGGUGCAAGCCUGAGGUCAGGUACUAGUAAUGAAUAAAUCAAGCUUGAGUAUAUUUUUGCA